UACACCGGAGACGCGAGUCGGAGAAGUGGCCGAAAUAAAACGAGGGAAAAGGAAAACGGGAGGACUCGGUGCAUGCACGCAUUCUCAGAGCAAAUGUCCAGGACCGAGAAAACACAGUUGUCAAGCCGCACCGUGGUGGUGGAGUAUGGAUAAAUUUCGUUCUGCACGACUCAUCCGCGAACACGAACGAUAAAGGGACCUUUACUCGGGUUGCUUCUGGGGCUUUCCCCCCCACUCUGUUGGAUUGCAAAAACAAAGAAGUGGACGUCUAAGGAUUUUUAAAUUUUUUUAAAUACAAUCCGUUGAUCGAGAAACCGAGGCAUUUUAUGAAUUAACAAAAAACUUUUUUUUACAUUUUUAAAAUAUCAGUUGUGUGUAUUUAAUCUUAAUAAUUAAUACUUGUACCCUUGCACGUUUUGGGACUGUGCGGUCAGGAUGGGGUCGAUAACCAAGACCCUAGAUUGCUUGCGCCGGGACAUUUGACAACGACCCGGAAUAUUUUCAGCGAGAAUAAUCGGCAGCCGAACCCUCACACAAGGCGUUCAUUCCAGCGCUGCAGAGGUCUGCGCUACCUGUCACCACAAGUCUAGGGAAGAGAAUUUUAACUUCUGUUUUAAAGAUGGAAUGCUUGCAGCAAUACGCGAGCAAACAAAAUUAGUUCAGCAACAUUUCGUUUGCAAAUGAGUCGGGCAAUCACAAGUGUUCUCUGUGCAGCGUGCUUCUCAAAGUAGGCACUUUAAUUUACAACGACGGUCGAGGAAUUCUAUCGCUUCUGAACUUCGUGAUACAAGGAGCGAGAGAGGAUGUAUUUUUUCCUUUUUUUGAGCGCAUAGCCGGCGGGUGGACGUGCCUUUUCGCCUGUUUUGUGGCUUACACAGCUUUGUUUGUGGAAGAGGGUGAACUACUCCUUAGAUUUUUUCUUUUUGGAAAGCAAAAUGAGUUCGGUGCGAGUUUUUCGCCAUCGGUUUUACUUGUAGGAUUCGUUCUCAGACUAAUGCUGUUAUUGGAUUGUUUUUGAGCGCCUUAAUUCUUUGUGAUUAUUUAUAUUUCAAAAUAAUUUGUUUUGGGGGAAGAGAAACAUCAGUUUCCCUCUAAUUUUCUUGUCUUCAUAAACGGGGGAAGGAGAUUUACAAAAAGGAGACGUUGCCGACUACAGCCGUGCAGCGGGCUGUCAUGCGCGAUUGAUCCCGGGAGAUAUGUUUGGGCUGAAGCAGUUUGGGUCUCAGAUUGACAGCAGAAUCUGCGUCCAAGGAGAGAGAAGCCUAAACCAGCCGAGACUGAACAUGAAUUCCCACUUCAAAAGCCCGGGGUUUCAUGCCGGAGGGCCACCCGUGUCUGCAGAGCCGGGCAUGGGUCCCCUGAACGAGCCUCCGAUGCUGGGGCUCGGCAUGAACGUUAGCGGGGAGCAGUACGGUUACCACCAGCGCGGCCACCCGGACAUGCACAGCGGGUCUCUACAGCAGCAGCCCCAGAUGCACACGUUCUUCAACAAUAACAGCCAACAGCCUCACCACCACGGGCACCCGCACCAACAUCAGCACCACCCCCACUUCGGAAGCACUUUUGCGGGGCCCGACUCCGCUGCCUCCUGCCUGCACGGGGGGAGGAUGGUGGGCUACGGCGGGGCGGGCGGCGGCAUGGGGCCCCAGCAGGGAUUCGGGGAGGGUUUUGAUCCUCUUGCCGAGGGCCAGGCGGGGGAGGGGUUCCCCCAGCAGCAGCAGCAGCAGCCCGACUUCCAGCACCACGGCCCCCCCGGAAACGGACACGCGGUACCCGCCCCCUGCCUCCCGCUGGACCAAUCCCCGAACCGCGCCGCCUCCUUCCACGGCCUCCCUUCCUCCUCCGAGGCCCACGGCCUGGAGCACCGCCGGCUCCCGCCCCAGGGCAGGGUGGAGGGGCUGGAGUACGGCUACCCCACCGAGGCGCCCCCGGGGCAGUUCGACAUGCCCGUGUUCUCCCCCGCCGAGUCGGACUCCCACCUCCCCCACUACGGAGGGCCGGGGGGGAGGCAGGCGGUCAACGGCAACUUCCCCACCAACCCGGGGAUCUCUCGGGGCGGGGGCAUGCUGGGCCCCUCCAAGGUGCAGCAGCAGCAGCAGCAGCCCGGCUCGUACUUUGAGAGGCUGGGGAGCGCAGGGAGGAAGAGGCCCGUGGGGGUGGAUUUGGGGACAGGCGGCAGACACCCCCUCAUGCAGCAGCAGCAGCAGGCAGACAUGCUGGCCAGACAGGGGACCUGCCCCUCGGGAAUGCCUCGGGCGCCCCACUCCGAGCCCGGUAACCCCGGCAUGCCGGUGGGCGGAGUCAUGAUGCCGAACCAGCACAACCAGUUUGAGUACCCCGUCCACAGACUGGAGAGCCGAAAUAUGCACCCCUACGGGGACCAUAUGUUCAGCAUGCAGCAGCAGCAGCAGCCGCCGCAGCAGCAGGCCCCGAAUCAGAGACUGCAGCACUUCGACGCGCCCUACAUGAGCGUGGGGAAAAGGCCCAGGUUCGACUUCCCCAACGGCCACGGCGGGGAGAACUGCGGGGCCUGGAACGGCGGUUUGGAGAGCCACCUCUCCCCUUCCGCCUACCCCGGGGUCCUCCCCGGGGAGUUCACCCCUCCGGUCCCGGACGCGUUCCCGCCGGGGCCGCCCCUGCAGCACGCCGGGCCCGACCAGCAGGCUCAGCAGCAGCGGCAGAACGCCGCCAUGAUGAUCAAGCAAAUGGCCUCCAGGAACCAGCAGCAGCAGCGCAUGAGGCAGCCCAACCUGCAGCAGCUGGGUCACCACGGCGACGUGCCCCAGGGCGGCAUGGCGCACGGGGGGGCCGUGCCCCAGCCUCACUUCGACAGGGACGCCGGCGCGGGGAGGAUGGGCAACUUCGAGCCCCCCAACCCCCACCUGCCUCCGGAGGGCUGGUUCCCCGGCCCCCACCAGCCGGGGGAGAUGCUCUCCAGGAGGAUGAGCGGCUCCUCAGGGCCCGGGGAGGCCAGCCCCCACGACAUGGGGCUCCAGACGGGCCCGGGGAUGCUGUUCAGGCCCGGGGGGAACGGGAUGGGCAUGGGGGACCCCAUGCGGAUGCCCCCGGACGGACACGUCCAGGCCCUGCACUCCCCCGGCCUGCACCCCCAGUUCGGGAGUAACAGCGGCGGCGGCCUGGGCGGCCUGCAGCAGAUGCAGUCCCCCGGAGGGGGUGUGAUGCACCCCAACGCCCCUGUGGACAGGAGACCCACCGAUUUUGCCGCGCCCCCGAUGGGGGGUCAGCCCGCCUUUCCCUUCGGCGGGGCGAACCGGCAGGGCCCGUCCCACGGCAGUCCCCCGGGGAUCAACACCUCGCCGAGGAGCUACCCGCCCCAGCCGGAGUUCCAGCCGGGCCAGCGGCCGUCGGUGAGCAAACUAGGGGCCCUCUCCCUCGGGAGCUUCAGCAAAGCCGGCGGCAAGGACAACGUCUUCGGCCAGAGCUGCCUGGCGGCCCUGUCCACCGCCUGCCAGAACAUGAUUGCCAGUCUGGGGGCGCCCAACCUGAACGUGACCUUCAACAAGAAGAGCCCGGGCGAGGGCAAGCGGAAGCCCGGCCCGGCGGAGCAGGAUGCUAACGGCGGCGCCGCGAGCGGGGCUAGUGCCGCGGCGGAGUUCUUCCAGAACGGCCCGGUCCCUGGGGCCGCGAACGGUAACAGUAAGCUCGGGGGUCAGAGCGGGACGGGCCAGGGGGAAGCCAGCGCCCUCUCCCCAAACUACAACAUGGACGCUGUCCCGGGGGGCGAGGGGAAGCCGGGCGGGGGGCGAGGGAGGGGGAGGAGGAGAAGGGACAGCGAGCACGCCAGUCCGGGGAUUUUUUUUCCCUCUGAGGGCUGCCCCGCCCAGCAGGGGCCCCCGGCCGGGCUCGGGGAGAGGGCGGGCGGCGGGUGCGCGCCCCACGAAAAGCCCCUCACGUCCCCGUCCUGGGGCAAGGGGACGGGCGACCUGCUGCUGGGGGACCAGCCGGACCUGAUGUCCUCACUGGACAGCGGGAUCCAGAGCGGCGCCAAGUCGGACGCCAGCUCCCCGCGUGCGGACUUCCCGGAUGACGUCAGCGCCGCCAACUACGGCAACGAGGACGACGCCGUGUCCUCCAGCUCCGACACCAAGCCCAACCGCAGCCCGCUGCUCGCCGGCUCCCCGAAACACGGGGCCUUGCACGGACAGAAACAGCAGCUGGGGGUCGGCGUCGCGAAUCGCUCUACCUCCACCCCCGACGGCUACCCCGGCACCCCGGGCGUGGAACAGGUACGCACCCCCUCCAGCACCUCGGGCCCGGACGAGGUGCACCCCCUGGAGAUCCUGCAGGCCCAGAUCCAGCUGCAGAGGCAGCAGUUCAGCAUCUCCGAGGACCAGCCGCUCGGCGCCAAGGGCGGCAAGAAGGCGGACUGCCCGGGGCAGAGCGGAGACGGCGAGCUGGCGCGCUGCAGCCCGGACCCUGGGAAGGGCUCCAUAGGCUCCAUCGACCUGGACACCCUCAUGGCGGAGCAGCACGCCACCUGGUAUGUGCCCGGCGACAAGGCUCUGAUGGAGGGGCUCGAGGACAACAAAUCGCUGGCACUCUGGGAGAAGACAAAGGUGCAGAGCAGCAACAAAGAAGGUGCCGAGGCGUCCCAGGUGAAGGGCGUGGCGGGGCCGGGGCCGGGCGUGGGGGCCGGGGGCCACCUGCAGUGCCUGUCGGUCCACUGUACGGACGAGCUGGGGGGGGAGGGUAAGGUUCGGGGGGGGCCCGUCCCGUCCUGGCGCUCCCUGCACUCGGACAUCUCCAACCGAUUCGGCACCUUCGUCGCAGCCCUCACCUGACCCCCCGACGCCGUUGUCAGGGGAGACCGUGACCGCCAGGACCGGGGGCCGCCCCAUUGGCCCCUCACGCCUCCGGGAGCGGUCCCGCCCAGAGACCUCAGACUGAUCCCUUUUUUUUUUGUUUUUUGUUUUUAAGAAAAUCAACAAAAUAUGACAAAAAAAAAACAUAACGGACUAGGGAGGGGUGGGGGAACAGUGUAGAAUGGAAACGGCUGAGGCAGAACGAUACCAGUGUUGUGUUUAAUACUCUUUAUUUCCCCCCUUUUUGCGAGAUUACGUUAUUUUAAUUUAAGUUCCGGCGAAUAUCUCCGUUAAUGUGAUUGCUUUCAUCUUUUCUGUCACUGAAGGAAGCGUUCAUAUCCACACUGUUGGUCUUUCAGUUCCACAUCCGUACGGGCAGGCUGAUACAGGCUCACCCCAAAACCUUCCAAUGUUGCCGCUUGCUUUCCAACAAAACUUUGGCCCGUCCCUGUACCCACUGCCAGUGGCCAUGGCUGCUGACGGACUGACAGGACAGAAUUCACCCUGAAAUGGUGUCCGCUGCGGUGGCACUGAACACACGGCUUACAGGAGCGGGUUGAGGCUGCAUAUGGACUGUAUACGCAGGAGGAUGUCUGUCAUUGAAGAGGACAGUGUUGUACACCUCUCUCAUUCUGGGCCUAAUUACAAUGGUGGGAGUUCCCACUCCUCCAAGGCCUGGAUAAGAAGCAGAGUGAACGUUUGAUCUCGAUUUUUUAAAGUGCAACCUUUAUUUAACCAGGAAUACCCCCAUUGAGGUUGAGAUCUCUUUUGCAAGCCGGACCUGACCUCAGUCUGUUUCCAGUUAUUCUGAGCUGUGAAGUGUGAGGCCUCUAAAGACGCUCCAGAUCGGGGCCUACACGGGCCCCAUCGUCAUCCACCGAAAGCAGCAAGUGCCCGGCAUUGCAUUGUGGGAAAGGACACUGCUCGGGGUCCCUCUCCUCCCCUUCCGGCUUUAAAAGGCAAACGGAGGUCCUCUCCUCACACCGCUCCUCUUUUUCUGUCUUUUUUUGGAAUCCGAUAUUCUUUCUCUUUUUGCCAAGAUCUUCCAUUGUGCGCCCGCUGGGUUCUCCGCCCAGAGGGGAAUCCCAUUGUCGCCCGGAGACGGCGGGAAUGGCUUCAGCCUCGCUGUUUAAAAGGGCUUUAAUUGACAAACAGUGCAGGUCCUUUCAGGCUUUGGAACGGCAGUGGCUGGACCUGCCAGCCAGAGCCACAAAGGGCGGCCAUCAAAGAACACAAAGACUAAACCCCUAAGCCCAAGAUACUCAAGUCCAGCCCUUGAGGCCAGUAGUACUGCCGGUUUUCUUUGCUACCUGAUUAAUUGAAUCGCUAAUUGAUUGAUUAAUGUCACCGAUUGACCGGAGGUCCCCUGUCGUCCCGCGUCUAAAUCCGUGUCUGGUUAGAGGGGAAGAAUGAAAACCGGCAGCACCCUUUGUUUCAGGGCCAUAUUUGAGUACCCCUGCCACAAGCAGUUAUUUUUAGUGGAACAGAAAGCCUCCUUUUGAACUCCUCGAAGAGUAGGUUUUUUGGAAUGUUUUUUUCAAGAUUCUAAAGUCAGUGUUCUAGAACACUAUUGCUUCCAGGUACCAGUAGUUAUUGUGACAUCAGCAUUAGACUGUUCAGUUAAGAACAUUCUAAUCGCAUGAACAUUCUGGAAAUCAUUUAAAGGUUUAUUUCCUUCCAUACAGUGGUUUUACACAUCUGUUCUUACUCUUGGUACAGCUUCCUGGUCUCAUCAGAUAAUGAACCAAAUGCUCUAGGUUCAUCUUCUGUAACAGACCCUGUUCUUCCUAAUAUUUCUGCAUAAUUAUUUCAAUUAGAGAACAUUUAAUUAACUUUGUUUUCAUUGUUUGUUUCAUUUUUGGUCUUCAGAAAUAUCAUCCCAACACUGGUAUAUGACUCUGCCUAAAAGACUUUGAGGGAGGGAUCACUUUUUAAGGUUUUAAGGAAAUGAAAUAAGGCAUUGGUAUUGCACAUGUAAGAUAAGAAAACAUAUGCUGUGUGUUAGGCAAUCUUGUAAUCUUUAAAGAAAUCAGUUCAGAUGAUCUUGGAAAAUGAUAGACUGAUGACUGUAAGGACAACUCACAAUCCGAGUUUAUUCUUUUUUAGAAAAGAUGUGUUUAGUCCAGUCUUCUGUUUUCCUGAAUAUUGUAUAUAUCUGUAUAUGUUUUAUUGAGCAACUAAAUAACAAUAAAUAUGAUGUUAAUGGUGA